UUACGAUAGAGUAACUUCCCUUUUCCUUCCGAAAACAAUUUCCUGUUAUCAAUCCGGUGACAUCAAAAUAUUGUUUGAUUUUUUAGUUUCUGAUUACAUUCUAAAAUGUCUCAGACUUACCAAUUUAAUAUGGAAAUGACAUGUGAAGGAUGUGCUAAUGCAGCUAAAAGAGUGCUUGGAAAACAGGGUGAUAAAGUGACUGAAGUCGUUACUGAUGUUCCGACCAAAACAGUGACAGUGACAUCUUCUUUGUCAGCUGAUGAAGUAUUGGAAGUGCUUAAGAAAACAAAUAUUGCUGUAUCACUCAAAGGUUGUUGAAUGUUAUGGUGGUUAAAGGUGCUAUGGAGAGAACAAGAAAAUACCCGGUACUUUACUUAUUCCAGACAUGAAUAAAUACAAUAUUUAAUUUCAUUAUAGGUUGUACAUUGUACAAUUUUUAAUAAAUAGAUAUUACUUAGCAUGUGAUGUAUUUUAAAUUAGCC